AUGUAUGCACGGAGUUGUAUCAUGUAUAUAUAUUGGGAUUGUAUGCUAAAAGUGAAAUCCAUUUGGUUCCGGCAAAGACCAGGGACAGCAAAGUUCUGGCCGUUUGAGCGCGGGCUCAGCGAGCGUUUGAAGUCGAAGAAAGUGCUUGUUCUCGAUUCAGCAAAAAUAAAGGCACCAGAACGGCAUUCGCCGUAUGGCAAUCGAGUAUCGGCCGUAUCGCCCCCUGCCGUUGCACUUUUCAAAAAACUGGGAAUUUGGAGCAGUCUCGUAGAUCUACGAGUGAAACGAGUUGACAGGCUAGAGGUUCUGGAUAGUUGUUCGCGCUCGUCGAUACGGUUCGUCCAAAAGAAUUCAGAGGAUGAAAUCGCCUACAUCGUUGAAAAUAAUGCGAUCGUUGGCUUCCUCACCGAACGCAUCAGAUCGAGCUGCCCAAAUGUCGCUGUUCGGAGAGGCGCCAGAGUCUCCGGAUGCAAGAUACCUUCAGGACUUGAUGAUUAUGCCACAGUUAGUCUGGAUGACGGUACAACGCUGCGCACAUCGCUUAUCAUUGGGGCAGAUGGUGCCAGAAGUCUUGUCAGAAAUACUCUCAAUUUCACAUAUACAACGUGGGAAUACGGCCAAAAAGCGGUUGUGGCAAAUCUUCGAGUGCAGGCAGUAAGUCUUUCUCGAGUCACACAGUUCCAAAGGCAUUUACUAGACCUCGGCUCGGCCAGCACCAUACACGAUUCGCGAAGAAUUUUUUCGACCGGUGGCGGGUAGCU